AUGCCUUUACGCAAAAUAUUGCUUGGGCUUCCCAGCCCAGGCGAGUACCGUGCCCGCGAAGUGGAAGAUGUGGGUCGUUCAUUACGCGAUGGAAAGGAGAAGAAAUAUUGGAGGGUUGGUUGGAUAUUGCCCGCUCCCUGUCGGAACAGCAAAAGGAACAAGCCACUAACGAGGAGUUCGCUACACAUGGACCGGAUCUCCACCCCUUUACUCGCAUCCUUUGUCUCCCGUAUCAAGGGCCUGAAGCCCCCCGUGCUACCAUGUUUAGAAAGCACCAUUCUAUCCAGGGUGUUCGAAUAUCUUUCUCUGGUAGACAGAGCUUGUCUUACUCUUAGCUGCAAAGCAUUCUUCAGACUAUUCGGCGCGGUUUUGAAGCAAGUCGAGUUUGCCUUCCCACGUCUUUUGCAAAUUCGGAUUCCUAUACUAUGCGUGAACAGUGAGGAUGUGCCACGAAACCAGCUCCUUCUUCGCCUUGAGGAUUACUACUGGGCAUAUUGCGGGAAGUGCUUGAAGCUCCAUCCACGGCAUGAGUUUAAGGAAUACGCACUUCAUAAUCCACCUAUACAGAGGCGUUGCAUAAAAGGAGCUGGUAUCGUGGAUAUAUGUCCAUGUACUGCGUGGACAGUUCGAGAACGAGAACGUUGUGUGAAAAUUCUCAAAUCACCUAAGCCUCCUUCCAAAUCUCGAAUUCGCCAAUUUGAAUUUGAACGUGAUGGGCAGCCACGAUACACUCACCAUUGCUCGUUCAGCAGUGGAGACGACUGGACUGUCCAAGCUGCUUUCGUUUUGACCGUCGACAAUCACAAUAUGUUGGGUCUACAUGCUCGCUAUACAAUAGAAUUUUCCUCCCCAAAAACCUAUCUCACGGCGGAGCCAGCCUUUUACUGCCCUCACCAUACCCUGGCUUCUAUGAUCAAGAUGAAUGACCCCAGACAACGAUGUUUCCAGUGCCAUACUGUAGCCAUCAAACAAGAUGCGCCAUCCAAAGAUAGGAAAAAGAUUGGGGUGACCGUAGUACGGCCCCUAGGCAAAUGUGAUAAAGCUGCAGAUUCCUUCUGGCUCGGGAAUUGUCGCCUCACUGGGGUCCACUUGCGAGAAAACGAUGUGUACUGGUCUCAGUCGAAGCAACUACGCAGAGAGAUGCAAAGCGUAUAUGGCUUAUGGGAAUGUCGAUACCUUCUAGCCCAGGCGCAAGCAACUUUGGAAAAUGCCCGCACAGAACUUAUCUUCAAGCAACGUGCUGGCAAGUUCAAAGUACCCCAAAAUGAAUGGGAUGAAAUGGACCCUCGUUCCAUGGCGGCUCACUUUGCUAAGAAUUUUUGUAAGGCAGGUUCCUCGAAUUAUAUACAUUGA